GUGAACCUGGUGUUCCUGGUCCUGGGCCUGCAACGUGCAUCCCUGGCGGCAAAGACGAAGAAGGGACGAAGCAACGAUCAGACCAUCACCUGGGUCAAAGGUUCCGCCUCCCUCGCCACUCUCCUCGGGGUCACCUGGAUUUUCGGAUUCCUUUACGUGGAGAAGGUCACCUACAUCAUCUUCGGAGUGCUCUUCGUCUUCUUCAAUUCUUUCCAGGGGGCCUUCCUAUUCCUCUUCCACGUCGCCCUGAACGAGCGGGUCCGGCGGGAGUCGCUCCGAUCUCUGACGCUCUCUUGCCCGGGAUUGAAGAAGAUACCGUGGUUGGGACCCAAGUUGGCGGAGACGGUCGUAUUCCCGCGUUCCAAGACGUUUACCACCACCCUGGAGCGAGACCGACGUGCCUCUACAGUGGAUCGCGACUUCGCCACUUCUACCAAACGAGUGUCCGUGGACAGCAGCACCUUCUGAUCGUCAACCUAACCGAUUGCAGUCGCGGAGG